GUGUGCAGAAGAAUCAGUAAUGAUGAAGUGCUUGUAUCUUUUGUCUGUUGUGUUUCACGUCGCUGCAGGCUGUUCUCUCUCUGCUGAUAUUCCGACAGAAAUCACAGGACACAAAGGUGGUUCAGUGCUGUUCCCCUGCUCCUGCUCUGACCUGCACACCAAACCUCAGAAAUUCACCUGGGAGAGCUUCAUAACAGGACGUGCGACAGAAGUGUUAAAUGAUGAACACUACCGUGGCAGACUUCAGCUGUUUAAUCACAUUUCUCCUGCUAAUCUGUCUCUGCUCAUAUCUGACCUGAGAGAAGAGGAUCAGGGAUCCUACAGGUGCAGGACUGAGAAGGAACACAGAGACAUCAGGCUUUAUGUUAAAGGCUGUGAGCUGGUGAAGAAGACAGGGAUAGAGAACAUGACUGUGUUCACAGGAGAGUCUGUAGUUCUGCCCUGCGUCUGCACUGACCUACAGGACAAACCAAAGUCUGUAAAAUGGCAGUUUAAUAGAAUCAAUCACUUUCAGGAAAUUUACCCUGAACAGACUGGACGUCACAGAAACAGAGUCAAACUGGUCAGUAACAACGCUCCAGGAAACCUCUCUCUACUCAUAUCAGACCUGACUGAAGAGGACCAGGGACUCUACAGAUGUUCUGUACAGGCUGAUAGCAGAGAUGUCAGAUUAUCUGUUAAAGUAGGAAGAAGAGAAACUUCAACACACUCGAGGAAAACAGACACAUCACCUCCAUCAGAACCGCCUCAGAGUAAAACAACAAACUCUCCACCUGCAUCAUCCUCAACAACACUGGAACAAGAUAAACCGCAAACACACAGCACCCUCCCUCUAGUUUUUGGCAUUAUGGGAGUUUUACUGCUGGUGAUAUCCGGUGUAGUGGCAUUUAUUUGUUGGAGACGCAAAGGAGGAAGAUGUGGAGAGAACGUGAUCACUGAAGGACGUCCGGACUGUAAGAGAAAGCAGAAGGAUCAGACUGAACCUGAUGUUACUUACUCUACUGUAACCCACAUGAACACAGCCGCAGCAGCACGGGUCCAGAUCAACGCUGGAGACAACACUGAAUAUGCCAGCAUUCUAACAAACUAAUCCACAGUAAAUAUCUAGAAUAAUACUGAAUACAUACAGUAUAUUAAAGACACACCAUGGUAAGCACAGGAUUCACAGUAUUGGCUUUGUUUAAUUUACUGUGGCUUUUUUUUAUUUGACCAUUAAUACCAGAUUUAUUCAUAUUUGUGUGCUGAUGGAUAAUCCUGCAAAUUAUAUUUUUAAUGUUUGUGUCAUUUAUUAUCAUUUAUUAUUUUGUAUAAUUUGUUUUUCUUAUUUACAUUUAUGACAUUUAGCAGACGCCCUCAUCCAGAGCGACUUACAUUUAUCUCAUUUAUACAACUACAAGGGCCUCGCCCAAGAGCCCAACAAUGGUAGCUUGGCAGUGCUGGGGCUUGAGCUCCUGACCUUCUGAUCAGCAACCCAGAGACUUUAACCACUGAGACACCACUUAUAUGUUCUAGAAAUCUUUUGUCAUCACCCUGUUUUGCAUAAGACGACUGCUGUAGAAGUUCUUGUUUGUGACUGUCGUGGGAAAGUCUGUCUGGACUGAAUGUGUGUUUCUAAACUACUUGUCUGGAAAUUGUUGUGAAAACGGUCCUUAUAGCAUGUUAAAGGGUGCAUGAUAGUGUGCUUGUUGAGUGUGGAGUAUCACACGGUAUUCUCUGUGCAUGGUACAACUUUGUUUAACUUUGAGAAAGAGGAAGUAGCCAUUUUCCCAUCAGUCCCCACUGCCCUGGUCACAGUCUUACGGUACCUCUGACAUGCUGAGUGUCUCACAGUGGCUCUGAAGUACCAUGAGAACGCUAGUUAUGAACGCAACUGUGGUUUUAUAAACUGCUAAUACUUGUCAGAGGCGUGUGUAUGACCUUGCAACAAAGUCAUAAAGUGACGUGAUUGUAAUUUAGCAUCCUGCAUAAUCUCAUAAAGAGAGGCCUUAAAGGACUCUAGCACAUGUGAGGAGGGGAAUUGCUGUUACACCUGCUGUCAGUCCUUAAUAAUGUCUGCCACUUGUCAGAGUGGCAGUGAACCAGCCUCAUGCUGAUGAAUUGUGCAGCUUGUUCCACUGUGAGACCAAGUGCUGAAAAUAGGCAUUUUAUGCUGACCUGAACCAAUCCUGUGGUUGCACGGCAUAGAUUACAUCUGACACCCUUAGCAGUCAGUGUUUUUUAUUUUUAUGAAUAAAAUGUUUUUUGAUAUUUAUUUUUUUAUUUUAUAUUUUAAUUUUUCUUAUUCUAAGUCUUCCAGGCAUCUCACCAGGUCUAAACAUUUUUUUUAUGUUUUCUUUACAUUAAGUUUCUCGCUCUUCUUGGUUUUGCUUGUGCACACACUUCUUAAAUAAUAUAAUAUUCUCAUAAUUUGAAAAUAUAUUCGAAAUUUUACUUGAAACAUUUGUAAUAUUCCUGUAGCUUGUUUGUAGCUUAUACAUUUUCAUACUAUUUGCAGUGAUAAAAAUAAAUAUAAAAUGACAGUGGAGCAUGAUAUUUGAAAGUUUUAUUGUAGCACAAUCACAUCCCUAAUAUUUUCACAUAAACACAUUUGAAGCACAGAAUUUGAUCAGAAUCAUAACGGAUUAAAAUUAUGAAAACAGCCUCGAAUUUCUGGCUGCAAUAAUUACAACAAACCACCAGAUGUCGCUGCGGUCUGAAUUUUCAAUUUUCCAAAGCUUCAGCUCAAUCAGGAAGAAACCUCAAGAAGCUUUUUUAGCAUUGUUAUUUAUUUAAACAUGGGGAAAACAAUUUU